UCACGUUCGAUGUCGCAGGCAAUGUCGCCAGCCAGGCCAGAGGCUGCAGAGAACCUUCAAGUCGAUCAGAGCACCCUCGACCGCAUCCAACCUCAAGCGGGCACACAGCAGCUCAAUGGAUAGGCUCAAGAUUGCAUCCUGGAACAUUCAGGGACUGGGGGACACAGGGGGCAGGCAGAAGCGCAGACGAGUUAAGAGUUGGGUUAAUGAAUGGAGAAUCAACUGCCUGCUCAUUCAAGAAUCCAAAUUGGAUGAAGAGAAAUUGUUGGAACUGGGGAGCUGGUGGGAUGGCCCCCAGGUCUGGGCCCCUGCACGGGGCACCAGAGGGGGCGUAGGCAUAUUGCUACACAGGGACCUCCAGCUGAAGCUCAUCGAUUCGGAAAGUGACAUAUGGGGUAGAUGGGCUUGGGCUAGGUUGGAGUCAGGGGGAGAGGAGUGGGCAAUCAUGACGGCUUACGCGCCGACGGAGGCAGGUGAUCGAGCCAGAUUUUAUGCCAGCCUGAUGUCGCAUAUCCCAAGGAUUGAGAAUCUGAUCAUAGUUGGAGACUGGAACCUGUCUUUGGAUGAAGCUCUGAAACCAGACUCAACUAUAGCAAGUAGGAAAGAUGUGCAGACCCUCUUGGAGCUAGCCGCAGAGUUGGAAUUGGUUGAUCCCUUCAGAGCCCUGAAUCCAGAGGAUCCAGGUUACACCUGGACAUCUCAUAUUCAGCGCCAAAGGGGAUCAGUGACCAGACGAAGGUUAGACUAUUACCUAGUUGCUGAAUCAGUCUUGGAAAAGGUCACAGCAGUAAAGGAGCUGUGCAAUCCGCUGUCGGAUCACAAACCAGUAAUUGCAGAUGUUAAACUAAGGAUCAGCGCAGAGCGGGGAAAAGACUUUCUUAGACUCAACUCCCAAAACCUGGAAGAUCCAGGCUUGGUGCAAUGGGUAGCACAGCACAUGAGGGAUUGGGAGGAGGCCAAAGACCUAUUCCAGUCAACAGAGGACUGGCUGGACGGGGGCAUUGCAAUUACGUCCAGCAUGCUUAAUGUGUGCUCAAGGAUUCUUGCCAGGACACGAAAUCAGAGGGAAGCGGAGUGCAAACAGAGGGUGGAAGAAGCAGAGGAAAGAAUGGAGGGGCAUCCGAUCUCGGCCUUGACAUGGGCAGUAGAAAGGGAGAAGAGAUUAGCAGAGUGGGAGGAGCUACAAUCAGGGAAGGAGCGAAGAUGGACAAAGAUUUUGAAAGAAAAGGGCAUCGAGGUCAAUGAUAAGAUGAACAAGGAGACCUUCCAAAAACUUCUCCCUCGACGCUCAAUGCAGCAGAUGGUGGAACUCAAACACCCAUUUGAGGAAGCAGCUCCCACAGCAUCUACAGCGGCAGGCAUGUUGGACUAUGCCAGACUGUACUACGAGGACAUCCUCACUACCCGCCGACCACAAGACAACGUGCACAACGAUUUGACGGAGUUCUCAGACCUGUGGGAAGAGACUUACGUGAAAAUUCCUCCGUCAGCCAAGUUGGACCUGGACAGGCCCCUCACCUUGGGAGAGACCACACAGACUCUGAAAUCUAUGGCGAGAGGCAAGGCACCCGGCAUUGAUGGCCUGACAGUUGAGUUCUAUUCCAAAUGCUGGAGGGUGUUGGGGCCACCACUGGUAGAACUAUACAAUGAGGUGCUGGUGGGGGGCAGGUUAGGCAAGAGGAUGACACAUGGGGUAAUCUCGGUGCUUUUCAAGAAAGGGGACAAGGCAGAGGUGAGGAAUUGGCGCCCUAUCUCCUUGCUAAAUGUCUCAUACAAGAUUCUGGUUAAGACACUAGCAAGGAGACUAGGACGGUACCUACCCAGCCUAGUGGAGAGAGACCAAGGCGCCUUCGUCCAAGGGCGGUCCAUCUUCAAUAACAUCGCAACCGCCAUCGAGGUCCUAGAAGUUGUGCAAUCAGAGAACUUAGACACAGCGGUGCUGCUGAUUGACUUUGAGAAGGCGUACGACAAAGUGGGCUGGACUUUCGUCUUGACAACUUUGAAGCACAUGGGCUUUGGAGAAGGGUUCUGCAAAAGGGAACACAUUUCCGACAAAUGGCGCACUGGCGACCUUCGGACUCGCCUGGAUGAAGAAGGGGGUGUCAAGGGUAAGAGACCUGUGGUCUCCCCUGCUCGGUAACAGGAUACCGCUGGCGGAAAUCAAAACCCAAUUGCAGG